AUGUCUCCUGAGUUCCUCACCAACUACAUUGGGAAGAAUUCAAAGGGUGUGGCUUUGGAGUUGAUCGAGGAUAUGCUGCGUUAUAACAGACAACAGAACACCCAGGUUGUUGUACAAGUGGCCAUCAAGUACCACGAGCAGUUGGAAGUUAAUAAGCUGGUGGCAAUUUUCGAGAAGUAUCAAUGUUGGGAGGGAAUGUUCUUUUUCUUGGGCGGGAUACUGUCGAGCAGUCAAGAUCCUGAUGUCCACUUCAAAUAUAUAGAGGCAGCUGCUAAGCUGGGUCAUAUGCAGGAGGUUGAGAGGGUUGUUCGAGAGAGUCAAUACUAUGACCCUGUGAAGGUGAAGGACUUCCUUAAGGAGGCUAAACUGCAGGACCCGAGACCACUUAUUUAUGUCUGUGAUAUGCAUGGCUAUGUGGAGGAGCUUACUGACUACCUCUAUUCAAACAACCUUAUGAAGUAUAUCGAGGUUUACGUGACCAAGGUGAAUCCAUUGAACUGUCCCACUGUAGUCGGGACGUUGAUCGAUAGAGACUGCUCUGAGGACUACAUAAAGAACAGCAUCCUCGGCAAU